UCUAUUGCUGGCAAGAUAGCUCGGGACUCAAAGACACUUCUCCACCAUUCUGGUUCGAAGCCCUUUUCGUAUAGGAUUGAGGCACGACGUCAGGAGGGUUCUAAGUUCCCAGAGAUCGACAUGUUCGAGGACGUUUACGUUCGACCUGGUGAUGAGAUAGCUAAGCAGCUUCAUGAUGCUAUGGUGGAACAGCGCACUACUGUUCUCCAAGAAGCAACAUCACAACUUCCCCCGGAGACCUUGAUCGAGGACGCCACGAUACCCGAGGAUGCAGGUUUUCAGAUCCUGACUAAUGUCAUGGAUCAAAACUUCGGUCGUCGUCCUGGCAAAGUUGUUCGGGGUAUGGGAAAAGCGCGAGUUCGUGAGACGGGUGCCUCUUCUUCCAAAUCAAACACAGGAGAGGUCAGUGCAUUGAAGGAGGAAGUGACAACCCUAAAGGGUCAACUUGCGGUCCAGAGUGAGCAAAUGAGGGCCCGGGACAAGCAGAUGAGGGCCCAGGGCGAGCAGAUUAAGGCCCAGGGCGAGCAGGUGAAGGCCUAUGCCGGACACAUGAGAGACCUUGUACGAGCCAUACAGAUGUCCGGCCUCCAAAUCUCACUACCAGUACCUGAUCUUCCUACACCUUCGACUUCUGAGCCACUUUGCCCUACCGAUACCUAGUAGCUUGAUGUAUCAAACCUAAAAGACUACUUGUAGUUUUUUCUUAUUUUUUUGUUUGGACAUUUUGUA